AUGAAGAUCUGCUUUCUGCUGCUGAUCCUCUCUCUAUCCUGCUUUCACAUCAACCCAGUUGCUGGCCUUGACACAGUAAAAUGUCUCCAAGGAAAAAACAACUGUCACAUUCGGAAAUGCCCAUGGUUUUUAAUUACAGUUAACACCUGUUAUAAAGGAAAAGGCAGCUGUUGCCAAAAACGUCGUUGGUUUGCCUGA